CGAGGCUGUCGACCAAGAUUUAAUUUUGGCGCGAUUUUAAUCGAAAUGCCACGAUACGAUACGAGACGUGCAGGCGCAUGCGUGCUGGACUGCUGGUGUGAACGCGUGUGCGCGUAAUGGCGGACGGCAGCAAAAAGUUGUUUGGCGGUUUGUCGGCAUAUCUAUCGACUUUUGGAGGGAGAGAUUUUACUGGACAUACAAACCGCAUUUUAAAUUUUUUGUUCAUUUAUUCUCUUGCAACUAAUUGGAAUUUUUGUGGCAAACGAGGUGAGAAAAAGGCUUUUAAAAACUUAAACGUAAAGGAUGUGAUUAUUGGUGCUGUAAGAAAAAGCUCCCCUCUAGUCAGUCAGAAAGAAAUAGAAGAUACCAUCAAGGUGUGGUUGAAACAUGCACCAGAGAAAUUGAAAAAGCAGCAGCAUGGCAACCCGUAAGAAAAAAAGUGUUGUUAGUCAAAGACAACUCUACAGAAGGAUGGCAGAAGCAAAUUUAGCACCUGUGAGUCAGAAUUGUUAUAAUACAUCUUUAAUAGUUAAUAAUGAUUCCAAUGAAUCAUCAAAUUCCGUUUUUUUUUGCUGGUUCAAUGUGUGAAAGUGAAAAUGACACCUGUUCCUCAAGAGAUUUAGAUUUUAAUGUAAACUCGCCUAAUGAAAAUUUGCUCUUCAAUGAUGCGACGUUAUACAACCAUUUGACUUCCUAUUCCAGUAACGUGCCCCCUAACGAUUUAUUUUCUAAUGAACCGCCGCCUAGCGAUUUGCAUUCGAAAUUGUCAAACUGGGCAGCUUCAAGGUACGUUCGACGUACAGUAGUUACUCAUCUCUUGCAUUAUCUCCACCAUUUAAAAUCGUUAGUUCAGUCUCCGAAUAAACCGUUACAACAGAUUAAUAGACGCUUAAAAGAAAUUGAAAUGACAGUGUACGAAAAACAUGACUCUACUUCACCUGAUGAUGAACACUUCUGUAAAUGUGAAUUGUCCCAUUUCUUAGGACCAACGCCAAAUUUCUCUUGCAAGCAGUAUAAAAAGCUUCAUUAUAAAGAUUUUAUUUUUUCUAUUGCAUCAUAUUCAGAAGCAAAUUGUUUUUGUCUUACCUUAGAAGGACUGGUUUUCAAAAUAGAAAAUAUAGUAGUGGAUAAUAAUGGAGCAGUUUUUAUAUUAGGUAGGAGGUUUCAGGAUUACCGUUCAUUUUACAAAUACCCUGUCGACUCAAAAGAAUUUAUCCAAAAUUUAUCAGAGUAUAUCGAGUUAUUGCACUGCCACAAAGUUUUUUCGAAAUGUAUUGUUUUUCCUUUCAAGCAGGAAUGGUUGUCAUUUUCAUUAUUGCAUCAUUAGUAAUUCCUUAUUUCAACUUUUAUGUUCUAUAAGUGUAAUAGUAUGUAGUUUUUUAAGAUUUUGUAAUAAACUGGUAUUAAUUUGAA